GAGAUUGUGCCAUCGCUGUAUCACUUCUAGCCACAAUCGCGUUCCAGAAGCUAAUGACGACAUAUUUGUGAGACGGUCAGGCGCGUAAACUAAACAGGGGCAUGACUUUGUAAAGCUUGUCCUAAGAAUAUAUCCUUUUUGGAACUGAUAAACAGCAUCGCCACCAAAAUGUCCCUGCUCAGAGCCCUCAAAUACAACACUUAUGUGUUGGGCAGAAAUUGCAUCGCGCGCUCUUUAUGCAGUCAGACAGAUGGAGAGACGCGCAUUUUACGAAUAUUAAACGAGAAGUUUCCUCACGCCUCCUCGCUAAAGGUUGUGGAUAUAUCAGGAGGUUGUGGCGCAAUGUAUGAGGUACACAUCGAGUCUGACGAGUUUAAAGGGAAGAGGACAGUGCAGCAACACCAGUUAGUAAACCAGGCUCUUAAAGAUGAGAUUAAAGCCAUGCACGGUCUACGCAUAUUCACUGAUGUUCCUAGAAAGUAGAGUCUGCUCAGAGUCAUCGUCACAUUGUGUUUGUCUGUGUCAUUGCUUUUAAACUAUACAGAUUUCUAAUAGUACUUUCUGGCUCUGAUAUGUACUUUAUAUAUUUUAUGAAUUUAAGGAUAUACAUUUAAACUGUAUUUUGCUUCAAAGAAUGAAGAAUGUGGGUGCCUGAUGCUGUAAUACGCACAAAAUAUAUGAUUAUGUUCAUACCUGUAAAUAAAAAUGUGCAACAAAAACA